CGCAAGUCCUGGCUGGUGCCCACGCAGUACGUCCUGGGGCUCUUCAUGAUCUACAUGUCCACCCAGGUGGAGCUGCUGCUGGGCGACGGGGAGGGCCGGGGCCCCGACGUGGUGGCCUUGACUGUGACUUUCUUCCUCUUCGAGUUCCUGGCAGCGACGCAGGACAUUGCGGUGGACGGCUGGGCCCUGACCAUGCUGUCCAGGGAGAACGUGGGCUAUGCCUCCACCUGCAACUCCGUGGGCCAGACAGCCGGCUACUUCCUGGGCAACGUCCUCUUCCUGGCCCUGGAGUCGCCCUCCUUCUGCAACAAGUACCUACGGUUCCAGCCCCAGCCCCAGGGGAUUGUCACCCUCGCAGAUUUCCUGUUUUUCUGGGGAGCUGUCUUUUUAAUUACCACUACACUAGUCGCCCUUUUCAAAAAGGAAAACAAGGAGCUAACGCCAACAAAAGAAGAAACUAAAGGCAUCACUGAUACCUACAGGCUGCUGUUCUCAAUAAUCAAGAUGCCAGCAGUUCUUACUUUCUGUCUCUUAAUUCUCACAGCAAAAGUUGGAUUUUCAGCAGCAGAUGCUGUAACAGGACUCAAACUGGUGGAAGAGGGCGUCCCAAAAGAGCACUUGGCCCUGCUGGCGGUUCCAAUGGUUCCUUUACAGAUAAUAUUGCCCCUGAUUAUCAGCAAAUACACAGCAGGCCCCCAGCCACUCAACACCUUUUACAAAGCCAUGCCUUUCAGAUUACUGCUUGGUCUGGAAUUUGCUUUUUUGGUGUGGUGGACUCCUCAAGUAAAGCACGAAGGAGGAUUUCCUGUCUACUACUAUGUUGUAGUAUUGUUGAGUUAUGCUUUACACCAGAUCACGCUGUACAGCAUGUACGUGGCGAUCAUGGCUUUCAACGCCAAGGUCAGCGACCCGCUGAUCGGAGGGACCUACAUGACGCUGCUCAACACGGUGUCGAACCUGGGAGGGAACUGGCCUUCCACCGUGGCACUCUGGCUCGUGGACCCACUGACGGUGAAAGAGGGUGCGGGGGCCCAGGAACAGACCUGCGGAACCACGGCUGCUGCAGAACUCUGCACAAAAGCCGGUGGCUCCUGCGUUACCACCUUGGACGGUUACUACGUGGAAUCUGUCAUCUGUGUCAUUCUGGGAUUUGGCUGGUGGUUCCUACUUGGGCCGAAAUUUAAGAAGCUGCAGGACGAAGGACAGUCUUCCUGGAAGUGCAAGAGGACCAAUUGA